GUGGGCGUGGCCACGGCUCUGUUGUGCUUCUGAAAGCUACAGCUGAGGAGGGAAGCAGAGCGGCGCAGUUUUUGUUUCGGUUUCUCGGAUAUUUGUUCACAUUUCAUCUUAAACUGAAUAUUUAUCUACAUUUCAGGUUAUCCAGACGCUGCAGCUCCAUGGGAGAAUUGUAGCCAUGUUCAGCUUCGAGGGAGAUUUCAAACGGACACGAAACGUGUCUCUCGGCGGGGCGAGUAAAAAGGAGGAAAAAACAUCACUUCUUCAGCGGACCCAGGAGGAAAGACGCAAGCGUGAGGAUGAAAGGAGAAGGUUGAAAAACACAAUAAUCAUCCAGUCCUACAUCCGAGGUUUCCAGGAGAGAAAACGACAGCAUGGCAUCCAGCGAAGCUAUUUUGACUGCUGUGUUUGUGAUGGUCAGCGAUCCUCUGGAUCCACUCUCCCAGACGCUGUUCCACUCAGCCUGCUCAUCCGCCGCCUGCUCUUCUUCUACCGCCACAGUGAGGACACACAGCGGCUGAUCUGGUUGUGUCAGUGCCUCGUGAAGCAUCACGCACAGUUUGUGAAGUUGCUGGUGGGACCUGACAGGAGCACAUGCCUCUUCCAGAUCAAGAGGCUCCUCGGACACUGCUGCAGACUCCUGCAGCUGUGUGGUGAUGACGGUGUAAAUGUUGCCGUCCCCAUGCGCAUGCUGGAGGUGUUCUCCUCUGAGAGGACGUACCUCCCCCCUCUACAGGAUGCUGCCACAGCCGCCGCCCUCACCGAGCAGGUUUUGCACUCUAUGGUUCAGAAAGGUUAUUACAGGACGAUGUAUGUGCUGGCCAAUCACAAGCUCCCGGCCAGUCUGGAUUACAGCGACGCCCCCUCACUUCCUCUCGCACACACACUCCUGGAGCACACACUCAAACCACUGCACUGUACAUACAGCUCCUGUCCUGCAGGCGCCAGGCAGUUAGUGUUCUCGGCCUUUACAGAACACUUGGUCUCUCCCCCAUUCACUGAGCAGAUGUUUCACUUCUUCGUGCCGGCGUUGUCGGACCCCAGACUCGGCUUCCCGUUUCAGGACUUCCUGUACUCCCUGCAGGCCACCGUUUCGUCAUCAGACCACGCCCAGCAACACGCCCCCUGGCUCCUCUACUUCGUGCUUUCACUUGGGGAAACGGGCAUUGGCUCUCUGUCUGAAGAAGGGCUGCUGUUGUAUCUGAGAUCUCUCCAGGCUCUGCUCCCUCUGCUUCCUGUGAGCGAGAGCCACACUAGAGCUGAUGUCAACAGCGACUCGGAGGACGAGGACGCGGUUGACGCUAUGACACACCCACCUUGUGUACAGGACAACAACAGGAUGUCUGUGCAGUUAAUCACACAGCUGUGCGUGCAGAAGUUGGACUCCAAGCAGCAGACUAAUGCUCUUCUCUCCCUGGUGAGGAGGGACUCAGCCAGCGAGGACAUCUUCACCAUGAUGGCGUCCAUCUGCCACACUCUCAUGGUGCAGCACCGCAUGAUGGUGCCCAGAGUCAGGCUCCUGUACAGUUUGGCCUUCAACGCUCGCUUCCUCAGACACGUGUGGCAGCUUAUAUCAUCCAUGAGGACCAAAAUGAUCACAGGGUCUCUGGUGCCGUUGCUGCAGUUGAUGUCCCGUGGUUCUUCCAUGUCGGCGGAGGACUCAAACAGGAUCAUCCCUCUGUUCUACCUGUUCAGCUCUCUGUUCAGCCACUCGCUCAUCUCCAUCCACGACACAGAGUUCUUCGGGGAAGCCCUGGAUGCAAAAAUAACCUGGGCAAAGAGUGAAGGCUACUUAAUAGGUCAGAGACAGGCGUCUAUGAUGCCGUUCUCCCUCCUGGAGUUGGUGACCCUGUCUCGGUGUUUACGGGACGCGUGUUUGGGGAUCAUAAAGCUGGCGCAUCCUGAGACUAAGACUGGCCACAGGGAGGAAUACGCAGCAGCUUUUCGCAGCGUCGGAGUCAAAACCAGCAGCCAAGUGCAGCAGCGCAUCCAGAACCAACAGAAACGCUGGGUCCAGCUCUUCAAGGUGAUCACCAACCUGGUGAAGAUGUUGAAGGCGCGAGACAUCAGGAGGCCGUUCUGCCCUAAAGGUCACUGGCUGUCCAACGAGGUCAACAUCAAGGCUGAUAAGGUGACUCAGCUGUACGUGCCCUCGGCUCAACACGUGUGGAGGACGAGGCGUAUGGGCCGAAUCGGACCGCUCCGGUCCACGCUAGACGUUGGCUUGGAGCCUCCUCCGCUGUCCGUUUCCGAGGAGAGACACCUGGCCAUCCUCACAGAGCUGCCCUUCGUCGUACCCUUCGAGGAGAGAGUUAAGAUCUUCCAUAGGCUGAUCUACGCCGACAAACGAGAGAUACAGGGGGACGGCGCUUUCCUAGACGGCAUCAACGUCACCAUCCGCAGGAACUACAUUUACGAGGACGCCUACGACAAACUGUCCCCGGAGAACGAGCCAGACCUGAAGAAGCGGAUCCGCGUGCACCUGCUGAACGCCCAUGGCCUGGAUGAAGCCGGUAUCGACGGCGGAGGGAUCUUCCGUGAGUUCCUCAGCGAGCUACUCAAGUCAGGCUUUAACCCCAACCAGGGCUUCUUCAGGACCACCAACGAGGGCCUGCUGUACCCGAGCCCCACGGCCGAGAUGCUCAACGGCAAGAGCUUUACGCGCCACUACUACUUCCUGGGACGGAUUUUGGGAAAGGCUCUGUAUGAGAACAUGCUGGUGGAGCUGCCCUUCGCCAGCUUCUUCCUGUCCAAGCUGUUGGGGACCAGUGCUGACGUGGAUAUUCAUCACCUGGCCUCGCUCGACCCCGAGAUGUACCGGAACCUUCUGUUCCUCAAGAGCUACGAGGGAGACGUAGAGGACCUGGGCCUGAACUUCACCGUCCUCAAUAACGACCUGGGAGAGGCUCAGGUGGUUGAGCUGAAGCUGGAUGGGAAGGACAUCCCGGUUACCACGGCGAAUCGCAUCGCCUACAUCCACUUAGUGGCCGAUUACCGUCUGAACAAACAGAUCCGAGCUCAUUGCCUGGCCUUCAGACAGGGUCUCGCUAACGUUCUCAACCUCGAGUGGCUACGCAUGUUCGACCAGCAGGAGAUGCAGGUUUUGAUCUCUGGAGCACACGUGCCUAUCUGUCUGGAUGAUCUGAAGAAAUUCACUAAUUACUCAGGAGGUUACUCUCCCACACACCCCGUCAUUAAGAUCUUCUGGGACGUGGUGGAGAACUUCAGUGACGAGGAGAAACGUAAACUUCUCAAGUUUGUCACCAGCUGCUCACGUCCACCUCUGCUGGGAUUUAAAGACCUCUACCCCGCCUUCUGCAUCCAUAACGGCGGGAACGACCUGGAGCGCCUCCCCUCUGCCAGCACCUGCAUGAACCUCCUGAAGCUGCCGGAGUUCUGCGACCAGCAGCUGAUGAAGAGCAAACUGCUCUACGCCAUCGAGUCGUCCUCAGGCUUCGAGCUCAGCUGAGACGCCACGUCGCCUGGGGCGACCUGUCGAGGGGGCGGGGCGGGGCGGGGGCUUUUUAGGGUUUUUUUGUUGUAUUUAAAAAAAAUUAAUCCUAAACAGGAAGUGGCGGCCGUAGUUCCCGAGACGCCGACGUUCGAAGCACUGCACUUCCAGGAACAAACACGCGAUGCAUAACUCGCCAAAGAAUUCUUCUCGCCUUGCGUAUCUUCGUGGCGCCGCCCUAGAACUUUCAGGAGGGGGCGCUCACGAGAACGAGGAGCUCUGAGAAAAUCGCACCAGUGACUCGGCGCUAUUCCUCCGCUUCAUCAGCCUAGCAUUAGCAGCAGUAUGUCAUGGAUUUCAGCUGUUUUGUUUUGCUUUGUUUGUUCGUUUGCUUGUUUUUUUGUGCUAAAAAAUUAUAAAUUCUUUUCUUUUUUUGGAUGAAAUCGUCCUUCGUGUUCCAAGUUUUGCAGGUUUUACAUUUUUAUUGUCCACCCAGAAGUGCGCUAUCCGCCAUGUAGCCCCCCCUCCCUUUUGGGAACUAGCUUGAGCAUCCACCAGCAUGCUUCAAAAAAAAAAAACCUUAACGUACAGUAUAUCACCAAAAGUAUUUGGACACCCGACCGUAAAACCUGUAUGCGCUUUUAUUUUACGCGUCUCAAAUCCACAUCCCCAUUCGCUCUUGGAAGAUGUUCCAGAUUAUGAGAUCUGACUUUAUUCAGCAUCCGUCUCAUGGAUCCCUAGUUCAAGGGCGUUGAAGGUACUGAUACCGGUGAGGAGGUUUGGACUGCAGUCAGUGUCAAAAGUUCGUCGGUGUUUUAAAUUCAAAAGCAGAUGAUUUUCCACACCUUCCAAGCCUAUGGAAAGCAGAUCUUCAUAAAACUGGCUUGGCGCAUUGGAGGCACUGUCAUGCUGGAACACGGUAUGGAUCGCUUAGAUCAAGCGAAAAGAAAUUCUCAUGCCACCACCAUCUAAAGACAAUCGUGCGCCUCCAGGUUUUUGGGAAGAUUUUGGUGAAGAACCAUCGUUUGUCCCAAUACUUUUGGUCAUAUACUGGAGAUGUAAAUACUGAUUUCUUUUUUUUUUUUUUCGCUCUUACAUUCCUCCCGGGUAAUCCCCCUCCCCCUCUCGCCAUGUAGUGCCUUCUGGGUAACGUCCAGCUCCUGGAUCCCUUCAGGCUCGCAGGAGGUUCAUCUUCAGUUUAGUGUGUUCAUCAAAUAUGUUCAGACGUGUUUGUGGUUGGUCACGAUGAACGUUGAAGCUUUCAAGCACUAAUACUUGUGUGUGUGUGUGUGUGUGUGUGUGUGUGUGUGUGUGUGUAUGCUCAGGGGUGGACAAAUCAGCAGCUCGGGACUGGCAAUAAGAGAGUGUGUUAAACCGUUUAUUCCUAGUUAGUAAGUGAUCAGUAUUUUAUUUUUUAAGAAAAAGGGGAGGAUGAGAAUGAUGUGGAUCAGAUGCAGGAGGAUUAGAAGUAGGAAGAGGAGGAAGAGACUGGACAGGAGGUUUAGGAGGAGGAGAGGAUGAGGAUCAGACUGAGGAGGAUGAAAAGUAGGAGGACAAGAAUGACGAUAUGUAGGAUGAGGAGGAGGAGUUGUUCUUCAUGAUCAUGUUUCUGCUCUGUAUGUCACUCGUUCAGCUUUGGGGUGAAAUAAGUUGAUGAUUUGUCCAGCCCUGGUGGUGACUGUGUAAAUCUCUCUCUCUCGCUCUCUCUCACACACACACACACACACACACACACACACACGUGUUUAUUUUGUGCCCUGAACAAGCAGCACGUGUCCUGAACUCAAACGUGACGCCUGUGCAAUAACGUCCACCAUCGCUGCUUUAUGCUCUCUGGCUCCAGCAUGUGCCUCCUCAGUCCUUCUUCUGUCUAUGAGCAUCUGUCUGUGCGUGCACGUGUGUGUGCACGCGUGCUUGUGUGUGUGUGUGUGUGUGCGCCGUUCUUUCUCGCACAAUGAUAUGGAAAUGCUUCCUUUGUCGUCUUUUCCUUCACCUCUGUACAGCAGGACGAUGUCGCAGCAUCAAUGAUUUAAAAAAAUUAAAGAAAAAGUGCAGAUUCUGCCAUGUGUGCAGUCCUACAGACUCCGGGGGGGGGGGUGAGACUCUGGGUGAGACUGAGGCAUGAGACACCAUGAAGGACCCUGACGUUGUUAUUGUCCUUUCCUAUAAUUAGAGUUGUAUAAUAAUGAGAGUGAAGAUUGUGUAUUGAGCACUGAGGGGUGUGUGUGUGUGUGUGUGUGUGUGUGUGUGUGUUUGUGAGAGAGAAUAUAAAUGAGUGUAUGUACAAAUCAUUAAAUAUGUUUUUGGGAAUUUUA